CCCGAUACAAUGGUUAUUAUCAUCCACCGACUGACGAAACGGAAGGCUACACUAACGGAAGCUGGAGACCCGUCGCUUGGUCUAUUCGGUACCCACAGACACCCGUUACGAAACGUUGUGACGGUGCUUCAGCCUAGAAUAACGAGCGGUGACUAUUUGUUUUUGUCGACGUUGAUGUCUCUUCUUCUUUAUCCGUAGGAGUUGUUAAUUUUUUAUUACAUUGAAUCGAGAGCUUAUCGGGAAGACAAAAUGGCUGAGAUGGGUAUGGGGAAGGGGGUUACUGCGGGGAAACUCGCUAGUAACGUGCAGAAGAAAUUAACACGGGCCCAAGAGAAGGUUAUGCAGAAACUGGGGAAAGCGGAUGAGACCAGAGAUGUUGCAUUUGAGGAGGGAGUUAUCAACUUCAACAAACAAUAUACAGAGGGCUCCAAACUGCAGAAAGACCUGAGGGUCUACCUGGCGGCAGUACAAACGAUGCACGAAUCCUCCAAGAACCUUAAGGAGUGUCUGUCUGACAUGUACGAGCCGGAGUGGUACGGCAAAGAGGAUGUGGACUCCAUCGUCGAGGACACUGACGUUCUGUGGACAGACUUCCAUCAGAAGCUUGUGGAUAAUGCUUUGAUAUCCAUGGACACAUACCUGGGGCAGUUCCCUGAUAUUAAGUCUCGUAUUGCAAAGCGUGACAGGAAGCUUGUGGACUACGACAGCGCCAGACACAACCACCUUUCGACCAAUAAGGGGAAGAAAGGAAAGGAUGGGAGCAUCAAGAUCACCAAGCCAGUGUCUCUGUUGGAGAGGGCCACUCCAGUUUGGGCUCAGGGCAUCCUGUCAGCCCACAACAUUGCUCAGAGUAACCUCUCUAGGAACCAGGCGGAGGAUGAGUUGGAGAGAGCUCAGAAGGUGUUUGAGGAGAUUAAUGAAGAUCUUCAGGAGGAACUGCCCUCACUAUGGAACAGUCGUGUUGGCUUCUACGUUAGCACCUUCCAGAGUAUGGCUGGCUUCGAGGAGAAGUUCCACAAGGAGAUGGGGAAGCUGGACCAGAAUCUGUACGAUGUUCUUGUCAAACUGGAGAGGCAGGACAUGUGUGGUGAGCUCCCCAGAGGAGCAAGUCCAGCCAAUCACACUCUGAGUCCAGCCGUACCGCCUCCCAUCCCUAAGUCCCCCUCCAAGCUGAGACCAGCGAUGCCGCCGCGGCCUGAAUCCAGCCCCUGUCGGGACAUGAAACCAGAAAACAUCAUUAACCUGUUUGAUGCUGCAGCUGCUCCUAACAUCAGUGUUACAUCCCCAACACAGGCGAUAUCGUGGGACACAUGGGAGCCUGAGGAAACUCCUGCUCCACCAGAGGAGCCCCAGGACUGGGAUGAUGACGGUACCCUGCCGGUGCGUGCUGCUGGCUGUGGGGAUGACGGUAAAGCUGCCACCACGGCAGGCUGGGAUGAUGAUGGCUCUCUGCCUGUGAGGGUGGAUGACUCCUGGGGGGACGAUGGUGUUGCUGAUGCCACUGCUUCCGCUGCUGUGGCCGAGUCUGAGGCUGCUGGCUGGGAUGAUGAUGAGGAGGGGGUGCCCCAGGCUGACACGCCCACAGCAGCUGCUACAGCACCUACUCCUACAGCCACAGCAGUAGAGGAGAUUCCUGCUGUCGCAACAGUAGCAACCAAUGGGGCUUCAGAGGCGGUAGAGAUGCCGCCAGGAUUCCUCUUUAAAGUGACCACCAUGCAUGACUAUGCCGCUAAUGACUCGGAUGAGCUGGAGAUGAAGGCUGGAGACAUAGUGCUGGUUGUAGCCUUCGACAACCCAGAAGAACAGGAUGAGGGCUGGCUGAUAGGGAUGAAGGAGGGAGACUGGACCCAGAAUAAAGAGAGUGCCGUCAAAGGGGUGUUCCCUGAGAACUUUACCUCCAGGCUGUGAGAGAGGAGACACUUCCUCUCCUACUUUGACCACUCUCUCUUCCACAAGAUACUCUCUUCUCUGACCUCUCUCUUCACUCUCUCUCUCUCUUCCCUCUUUCUUCCCUCUCUCUAUUCCCUUUCUCUCUAUUCCCUCUCUCUCUCCCUCUCUUCCCUCUCGCUUCCCUCUCUCUUCCCUCUCUCUUCCCUCUCUCUCCCUUCCCUCUCUCUCUUCCCUCUGUCUCUCUGCCCGUGCCAUCCUCCCUCCUAAUUUUCUAACCUCUGGGAUUGUAAAGUGUGAUACUGUGAUACUGUAGUCAUUGGCAAGAGAAACAGCACUGCAUAAUCAACUGUCUGUUCUGUAACCAUUUCUAGCAUGGAUCACACUGUAGGGUCAGAUUACAUCAUCACACUGUAGGGUCAGAUUACAUCAUCACACUGUAGGGUCAGAUUACAUCAUCACACUGUAGGGUCAGAGUACAUCACAUCACACUGUAGGGUCAGAUUACAUCAUAUCACACUGUAGGGUCAGAUUACAUCAUCACACUGUAGGGUCAGAGUACAUCACAUCACACUGUAGGGUCAGAUUACAUCAUAUCACACUGUAGGGUCAGAUUACAUCAUCACACUGUAGGGUCAGAGUACAUCACAUCACACUGUAGGGUCAGAUUACAUCAUCACACUGUAGGGUCAGAUUACAUCAUAUCACACUGUAGGGUCAGAUUACAUCAUCACACUGUAGGGUCAGAUUACAUCAUCACACUGUAGGGUCAGAUUACAUCAUAUCACACUGUAGGGUCAGAUUACAUCAUAUCACACUGUAGGGUCAGAUUCCAUCAUAUCACACUGUAGGGUCAGAGUACAUCAUAUCACACUGUAGGGUCAGAUUACAUCAUAUCACACUGUAGGGUCAGAUUACAUCACAUCACACUGUAGGGUCAGAUUACAUCACAUCAAACUGUAGGGUCAGA